CGCAGCUGCGCGCGCUGCACGGGCGGCUGCGCCGCGAGCGCAAAGAGAUGAUGAUCACCUGGUGGCUGGCCGAGGACGGCGCCGCGGACUGCCUCGUCUCCGCACCGCUGCCCGUGCCACGGCUGAGGCAGGCCAUCCCCGACCCGGCCUACCACACGUCGGGCUCCGACGGCGGACCUGGGCUGCACGCGCACAUGGACGCCGGCCUCAUGGUGGCGCAAGGCUCGGAGCUGCGGGCGGCGCUGCUGCGCGCGCACAGAGGCGUGCCCUUCAAGGAGUUUCUGCGGCAGUACGUGCUCAACGUGCCAAACAUCCCGCACGGCAUCGAGGAGAUGGCGUGGGACUGCUACUUUGACGAGGCGGGCUGGCCGCAGCUGCUGCCCUUCACGCUCUUCUCUGUCCACCGCUCCCUCAUCGCGGGGCGCGACACCAAGGACCCGUUCCCCUCCAUCCCCAAGGGCGAGAAGGGCGUCCCCGUCCCCGCCGCCGGCGCGGGCGCCGCGCUCGUGCCGCCGGGCGAGGCGCUGCGCCGGACUCGCGAGGAGUUCGACAUCGGGCGCGCCAUGUUCGGCAACGCGCUCGCGUGCUGCCGCCACUCGCAGGUCCUCGACUGCGCGGCCGACUCGGAGCACGCGCGCGCCUCGGGCGGCCGGGCGGUCGGGCAGCGCGUGCGCGGGCAGCGCGUCGACGUCGAGGAGCAGAUCUCGAUGUGCACCGUCUGCGGCGGCGACGAGGUGGACCCGGACGGCGACGCGCUGCUGCUCUGCGACGGGUCGGUGGCGGACGGGUCCCCGUGCCCACGCACGUACCACAUGCGCUGCCUCUCCCCGCCGCUCGCCGCAGUCCCCGAGGGCGAGUGGCUCUGCCCCAGCUGCGCCGCAGUGGCACCCGCCUGAGGGCGCUACUUUGCACACAUUGCGGGCAGCGUAGGCCCCCGGAGCUCCCGGCAGGGUGCGGGCGAUGGCCGCUUACUCUGGGCCUAAUGGGCACAGCAGAGCCUCGUCAUGGACAUGCACAUGUGCACGCGCUGCAGACUAAGUGCCAUCUGCCGCUAGGGAUGACCGCAGCACCGGCGCAUGCGGCACGAGGACGAGAGCUGUACACACGUUCCACGGCCCCGGCGCCCCGGCGCCGCCCCGCGCCCCCGGCCCCCCAGCCCCACCCCCACGCGCGCGAUCCGCGCGAGAUGUUUGAGCAGCUUUGACGUUUGAGCCACUCGAGUACUAGAUCUAGCUAGACACCCCGUUACUAGAGC